AAGGAGCCGAGGUGUGGGCGGAAGUGCCGUUUCUGAAGAGCGCCGUCGCCUUGGUUGCCAAGGGGUUCGAGGUGCCGCCUCAUUCCAGGAUAAACAACUUUAGGGAGUCUCACCAUCCCUUGGCCAGCCUUCCCUCAGAUCUCACCUGUUACUAAAGAGGACAGACUCUCUUGUGCUUCUAGUCUUCCUUUGAACUAAAAAUCACCCCUCUUCCUCCGGAAAGCAUUCAUCUCCAUCACAGGAGAGGACAAAAUGGCUACUGUAAGCCAGAAAUAUUUCCUGGAAGGACAGACAUACUCAGUUCCUCUCAUCCAGCCUGGCCUUCGGAGGGAAGAAGCUAUUCAUCAAAUAGCAGAUGCACUUCAGUACCUGCAGAAAGUCUCAGAUGAUGUCUUCAACAGGAUUUCCCAACAAGUGGAGACCAGGCAGAAACAGCUACGGGCAAUCAAUGACAGAGUCAGUCUUACCCAAGCCAAAAUUGAGAAGAUCAAAGGCAGCAAGAAAGCAAUCAAGGUAUUUUCCAGUUCAAAAUACCCUGCUCCUGAGCGACUGCAGGAAUACUCCUCCAUAUUUGCUGGUGCCAAGGGUCCAGAUGCCCAGAAACGGCAAAGGCGCAAGAUUCAAAGCAAACACCGAACGUUGGAUGAUAAAUCCUUGCAGGAGAAGCCAGAAUAUUUCCCCGUCUGUGUCACUACAAAAGUCCAUCAGGAAGAUGAUGCUGAAGAGGGUCUUGGCAGUCUCCCAAGGAAUAUUAGCUCUCUUAGUUCCCUUCUGCUCUUCAACACCACGGAGAACCUAUAUAAGAAGUAUGUAUUCCUCGAUCCUCUGGCUGGAGCCGUAACCAAGACCCAUGUGGGUCUAGCAACUGAAACAGAGAAGCUCUUUGAUGCCCCACUUUCUAUCACAAAGAGAGGGCAGCUGGAUCAGCAGAUGGCUGAAAAUUACUUCUAUGUGCCAGAUCUAGGGCAGGUGCCCGAGAUCGAUGUGCCAUCUUAUCUGCCUGACCUGCCUGGUAUCGCUGCAGAUCUCAUGUACAGUGCUGACCUGGGCCCUGGCAUUGCACCCUCUGCUCCUGGCACUGCAAUUCCAGAUUUGCCCACCUUCAACACUGAGCCUACUGAAAGUUUCCGGCAAGAUCUUCAUGAGGGAGCACCUCCACCACCUCCUCCCCCGCCGCCUCCACCACCGCCACUGCCUGAAAUGCCAGUUGGUGUCCCCCCACCCCCUCCUCCUCCACCUUUGGCCUUGCCCGAGUCUCAAGAGACCAAAGAGACAAGCGGUGCAGGGCCAUCAGCUGCUCUUCAGGGAGCACCAAAAGAAGUUGUGAAUCCAUCAAACGGCCGGGCCACUCUGCUUGAGUCCAUCAGGCAGGCUGGUGGCAUUGGGAAGGCCAAGCUCCGUAGUGUCAAGGAGCGGAAGAUGGAAAAGAAAAAGCAAAAGGAAAAAGAACAAGUCAGCACAGGGCAAGGUGGGGACCUUAUGUCAGAUCUCUUCAACAAAUUGGUCCUCAGACGCAAAGGCAUCUCUGGCAAAGGGCCUGCAGCUGGAGGGGACAGCAAUGCUCCUAACUUGCCCGCUGGUGCCUUUGGCCGCAUAUCGGACACUAUCCCGCCUCUGCCUCCCCCGCAGCAGCCAGCUGGCGAAGACAAUGAAGAUGACUGGGAGUCCUAGACGGCUGCCUUCCUUUGGCAGAGAACUGCUUCAGCGUUGCCAACAUGUGGCAGCCACUGGACUGAAAAAGAGGCAUCUCAGAAAGAGGGAACCCUCAUGUAACACAGAGACCAUCUUGUGCAGUCUCUUUCUUUCCAUUCUGGCUUGUUUCCCACUCCUGCAAUGUAUGCUCAUUAGUGGAUAUUAUUACUAUUCAAUUUGCCUCCUCUGCUGCCCACCAGUCUUCCAGUGUGAAUUAUCUCCUCCUUGUAUAUGCUGCCAAAUCUGCUGCUGGGCAGCUGGUGCUCACUGACGAUCAAAGCCAAUUCUCUUCUUGGGUGAAAAGCCCCUGGUCAAGUAUGAUGUGACACUCACAAUUCAUGGAGGCAGUCCUUGCCUCCUGCAGUAGGACUCAUCCUGGGACUGUUUUGCUAGGAUAGAGAUUUGGAAGGGAGAGACCUGAGUUCCAGGUACAGACAGGCAAGUAAGAUUGGGAGAGACACUUACAUCACUUAACUCCCCUAUUUCCUUUCCAUGUAGAACUAGCUCAGCAAGUAAAACUAUUUGCCUUGCACAUGUGAGUAGCUGACUAAUUAAAAGUACCUCUUAAUAAAUGUAAACUUCUGA